CUGAUUUAAAAGGGAGUUUAGAGACUAUGAGUCAAGGAAAAAGCAGUAAUACAGCGUUUUUGGAGAGGUUCAGGGAUAAGAUACAGAAGAUGAAUAAGGCUGGAGACCUAAUAUCAAAAAGUUCUUCCGAUGAAGACAAAAAGACAGCAGCUGAAAGUACUAGAUCUGGCAAGAAGCGGUCUAGAAAUUACUUUAAGAUGUUUAAGACUAGCCUUAACAGCUCAAGACUUACUCCUUGCAGGGUUAAGAAGGCGACUUCGAAGACAAAACAAAAGAAAGAUAUUGACAAUAUAACAAAAGAAGGUUCAACUAUAAAAGCCUUAUUUCCACAGAAAAAUCAUUACAACCACUUCAAACCCAAAGAGCAAGAGCAGCGUAAAUCUCCUCAGAUAUUACGAGAAAAAUAUAAUCAGCCAUUGAGCUUCCUGUCACUACCAAAAAUCUACAAAGAAGACAUUCUGAAGAAAGCUAGAGACUUACGUGAAAAGAUAGGCCAGAGCAUGAAUGUGUCCUCUCUAGACUACAAGGAAGUCUCUGAUAAACGUGACAUUUCCCAAGAUCUCAGAAAAGAUGAAGGAGUCAUUGAAAUGAAGCUCAAGUUAAGGUACCUAAAGAGCAUCAAGAGGACCAAUAUUGAUCCUCGUUCUGAUAGAGGAAAAGCUCCAAGAACUUUGACUAACAAAGAGAAGAAAGUAGCAGCCCCUACUCCUCAAAAGACGGAAAGGACUAAAAUAAUAGACGCUAAUCCUGAUAUUAGACUGUUGCCUAAGCUGAAAAGAGUGAAUAUAAAGACCUUCCUCAACGGGUUUGAGACUUUUGGCAAACUUAAGACUCCUAUGAAGCCGAAGAAGAAGCUGUUAAAAGAUAGAAGCUUUGCUAGAAGAGCCAACAGUGUCAAUAGGAGUGUUAUCAGGACACCUCGUUUUGAUCCUUAUGAAUUUAACAGAGUAGAGAGUUCUCAAGCACCUCGUUCAAUCUCUAACUCUAAAGUGCAGAUUCUGCCUCUCCCAGACCAUAUCUCCCAAAGUGAAGGAGUUCAGUUCGAGAUUCUCAAAGUGAGGGAGUAAUUUCCCAUUGAAGGUCUUACCAAAAUUUAUCCGAUUUCA